AUGCUUCGGGUUUGCGGCGCCGGUGCCAUCAUCUUUCGCUUGCAGUCAGCUUCAGAUCGAGGCCAAAAUGCUCAAACUACUAGGAAACCAUCCUCGUAUUGUGCGAACUCAAGGGGACUGACGGACGACGGAAUUCUCCUCGAGUUUGCUCCGAACGGUAAUCUGCGUGACUACUACCUCGUGCCUCAUCCCGAAACGUCGCUUCAGCAACGUAUGACCUGGUGCGUGCAAGCUGCCCAAGGCAUAAACUACAUUCACUCCACCAAGCGGGUCCGUCCUUCACUGCCAUCUCCGCCACGACAAUCUCCUGGUGUGGACGACAACCUCGACCUCAAGCUUGCCGAUUCUCAAGGCCAGCACUUGUCCGCAGACGGCGUCGCUCUCCUCGAUGCCUUAUCCCUCGAAUCCUCCAAAUCAUGCCCACCUCGAACCCCUGCAGAUCGCGCACGAGUGAAAACAGACUUAACGCCCCUUGCACACGGUGAGGGGCUGGACGGGCUGUCUAUGCAAACCUCCGAGGCCCUCGAGGGCGAAAGUCCCCAACUCAUGGACCCGUGGCUUAGUGGUAUUUGCGAUGCGGCGCAAGCGGCUUCAAGUACCCCCGCGUGUUCGGCAGCUCGUUGGCUACGAUUGAACAAGAGCUACGAUUUCCUGGUCUUGAGCCUGGUGACCUUGGGAAUCCCAUAUCUGGGCCACAUGCUCGGUGUUCGGGGGUCAACCGCGGGUCACGUGAUUGUCGCUGCUCGAAAAUCGCCACCAAGGCUGAAUUCAUCCUACCCCUGGUCAUAA